AGAGAGAGAGAGAGUUAAUAUGACUCGUUUGGGUUAAAGCUCUCUUAUUGACGGCUUCUCUCUCUCUCUCUAAAAAGACGCCUUUCCUCUUCUCUUCUUCUUGUACACUGGUGAUCCUCUCACAGUAACAGCAUCCGUUUGGGUUAAAGCUCUCUUAUUGACGGCUUCUCUCUCUCUCUCUAAAAAGACGCCUUUCCUCUUCUCUUCUUCUUGUACACUGGUGAUCCUCUCACAGUAACAGCAUCAAGUCGCUUUAUAGAUGCUCCUUUGAUUUCUAUUAGAUCAAGAUAGAGAGAAGAUGAACCACGGCCAGCAAUCGAAUGAUGGCAGACAUGAUGACGAUACUGCACUGUCGGAUUUUCUCACAUCUUUGAUGGACUACACCCCUACUCUUCCUGACGAAAUGGUAGAGCAUUACUUAGCGAAAACCGGAUUUCAAUGUCCUGAUGUUCGAUUAAUUAGGUUGGUAUCUGUUGCUACUCAGAAAUUCAUUGCAGAGGUUGCGUCUGAUGCUCUUCAGCAAUGCAAGGCAAGACAGUCAGCUGUAGUCAAGGACAAAAGAGAUAAGCAGCAAAAGGAUAAGCGCCUGAUUUUGACAAUGGAGGACCUCUCUAGUGCUCUGCGAGAGUAUGGCAUCAAUGUGAAACAUCAAGAUUAUUAUGCUGAUAGCCCUUCAACUGGGUUAGGUCCUUCUUCAACUGAGGAAUGAACUGGGUUUGUGCCUGUAAAACAAAUUCUUCAUGGCUUUUAUAAUGUUCUAGUCAAUUUAUGUUUUGCUUUUCUAUUAAAACACUACUUCUAGUGCUGUUUAUACUUGAUUGAUUACUCUUAUCUUUGUUUGUUUUGGAGUUUCUUAAUUCUGGGUUUUUAUUGUGUA